AUGGAAUCAGCUUCGUUCAGUGGGAAAAACUGGGGGAUUCAGGUGGGGAUAAAUCAUGGGAAUAUAAAUCUCCAUCCAGAUAUAGGGCCUCACUUUUUCAAUACCUCUCCGUAUCGGGAUCAUAAGGAAAUCAAUCCUUCACGAGUUAAGGACACAUGUAGAUGGUUUAUAGACCAUCCAAUUUUCCAAAAAUGGAAGACCAGCAGCCAUGACGAUCUCCUAUGGUUGUCAGCAGAUCCCGGCUGCGGCAAGUCUGUGCUCUCCAAAGCUUUGAUCGACGAUCGGCUGGUUGAUGACGGGUCGGCCUCUAUUUGCUACUUCUUUUUUAAAGAUAACGAAGAGCAGAACAACACUGUCACGGCCAUCUGUGCCCUUCUACAUCAGCUAUUUUGCGCUCAGCAAGACCUCUUCCAAAAGCAUGCCGAGAACCUAGUACGUCAGCACAGAGAGAGAAUCAAGGCAGAUUUCAGUUCUCUGUGGCAGUUGUGGUUAUCUGCUACGUCCGCCUCUACUAGAGAUGUGAUCUGUAUUCUUGAUGCGCUUGACGAAUGCCGCCAACCGGACCGGGGUAGACUCAUCAAAGAGGUUGAGCGUUUUUACACCAGAUCUCAAGAAAGAGGGCAGACUAGAUCGAGAGUGAAAUACCUCGUCACAAGCCGUCCAUACGGGGACAUCGAGUGGGGUUUCGGCGAGUUGACCCAUCGCUGUCCAACGAUUCGGUUGGCUGCGGAUGAUGAAUGGAAGAAAAUUAGUGAGGAAAUACAAGUUGUCAUGGAGGCCAAGGUAGACGAGAUUGCGGAAAAACGACGUCUCAGCAACCACAUUCGAACAGCGUUGAAACGGCGAUUUGCUCAGAUUCCGAACACAACCUAUCUUUGGCUGUAUCUCACAUUAGAUGUGCUGAAAACAUGUCUUGGCCAAACGGAAAAGAAGUUACUACGACGGAUCAAUGAGCUGCCUAAAAGUGUCGAGCAGGCGUACGAAGAGAUCCUGCAACGAUGCGAUGAUGAGAAUGAAGGAGAUGGAAAAAGAUUGCUGGAGAUAGUCGUUGCAGCGUCGCGGCCUUUGACUUUGUCCGAGGUCGAUGUUCUCCUGGAGAUUCAACCAAGCUCAAGGCGGUACGAUGACUUGGACCUUGAAGGCAUUGUCGAAAGAAGAAAGUGGAUACGCGACGCUUGUGGGUUAUUUGUCAGCAUAGUCGACUCGCGUGUCUACCUCAUCCACCAAACUGCGAGGGAGUUUUUACUCCGACAGGCAGGUGAAAGUGUGAGCAUAGGAACAUGGAGGCAUUCAAUCCACCUACAGGAAGCGCAUCUGGCACUUUCAAAGGCGUGUAUAACUUAUCUCCGUUUCGACGAUUUUCGGAGGAACCACCUUAAGGACCGCCAAAAUUCACCGCAAAGAGAGAAUGAGGACUUCCUAGACUAUUCUGCAAACCACUGGAUUUACCAUAUGCAACAGUCCACACCGAUGGACGAAGAUUUCGUUCGUCAGGCAGCUGAAUUGUGCGAAAUUUGGAAUGGGCCAUUCUCAUUCUGGAUUCAUCAUCAUCGAUCCAUUUUCCAGUGGGAUCACCAAAUCAGGCGAAGGGCCGACGCUCUAUAUUGGGCUGCUAUAUGGGGGCUGCUACAUGUAAUACCUGGCAUUCUCGAAGAUGUUCCUCCUGAUGCCGAAAUCGCCAACGACGUUGUCAUAGCUGCGGCAGGAGGCAAGGAAUAUGGUGAGGCUAUGAUGGAAGUCCUACUCGACCGACGAGGAGCCGAUGUCCAAAUCACCGACACGGUGGUCCGUGCCGCCGCGGCAAAUAACGAUAGUGGAGAGGCUGUGAUGAAGCUCUUACUCGACCGACGAGGAGCCGAUAUCCAAAUCACCGACGAGGUGGUCUCCGCCGCCGCGAGAAAUUCGAUCUGUGGAGAGGCUGUGAUAAAGCUCCUACUCGACCGACGAGGAGCCGAUAUCCAAAUUACCGACGAGGUAGUCUCCGCCGCCGCGGGAAAUAGGACUACUGGAGAGGCUGUGACGAAGCUCCUACUCGACCGCCGAGGAGCCGAUAUCCAAAUCACUGAUAAGGUGGUCCUCGCGGCCGCGAAGAAUGAGGGAAAUGGAGAGGCUGUGAUGAAGCUCCUACUCGACCGACGCGGAUCCGAUGUCCAAAUUACUGAUAAGGUAGUCUCCGCCACCGCGGGAAAUCGGAGUAGUGGAGAGGCUAUAACGAAGCUCCUACUCGAUCGACGCGGAUCCGAUAUCCAAAUCACUGAUCAGGUAGUCCUCGCCGCUGCGAAGAAUCGGAGUAGUGGAGAGGCUGUGAUAAGGCUUAUACUCGACCGACGAGAAGCUGAUAUCCUAAUUACCGAUAAGAUAGUCUCCGCCGCCGCGGGAAAUUGGAGUAGUGGAGAGGCUGUGAUAAAGCUCCUACUCGACCGACGAGGAGCCGAUAUCCAAAUCACCGAUCAGGUGGUCCUCGCCGCUGUAGAGAAUCGGAGAAGUGGAGAGGCUGUGAUGAAGCUCCUACUCGACCGACGAGGAGCCGAUAUCCAACUCACCGACGAGGUGAUCCUUGCCACCGCGAACAAUAGGGACAUCGGAGCGGCUGUGAUGAAGCUCUUACUCGACCGACGAGGAGCCAAUAUCCAAAUCACCGACAUGGUGGUCGUCGCCGCCGCGGCAAAUAACGAUAGUGGAGAGGCUGUGAUGAAGCUCUUACUCGACCGACGAGGAGCCGAUAUCCGAAUCACCGACGAGGUAGUCCUUAUCGCCGCGGCAAAUAACGAUAGUGGAGAGGCUGUGAUAAAGCUCUUACUCGAUCGACGAGGAGCCGAUAUCCAUAUCACCGACGAGGUGGUCCUCGCGGCCGCGAAUAAUCAGGGAAAUGGAGAGGCUGUGAUGAAGCUCCUACUCGACCGACGCGGAGCCGAUGUCCAAAUUACCCAAAAGGUGGUCUCCGCCGCCGCGAGAAAUUGGAGUAGUGGAGAGGCGUUAAUAAAGCUCCUACUCGACCGACGAGGAGCCGAUAUACAAAUCACCGACGAGGUAGUCCUUGCCGCCGCGGUAAAUAACGGUAGUGGAGAGGCGGUGAUGAAGCUCCUACUCGACCGACGAGGAGCCGAUAUCCAAAUCACCGAUCAGGUGGUCCUCGCCGCCGCGGGAAAUUGGAGUAGUGGAGAGGCUGUGAUAAAGCUCCUACUUGACCGACGAGGAGCCGAUAUACAAAUCACCGACGAGGUAGUCCUUACCGCCGCGGUAAAUAACGGUAGUGGAGAGGCUAUAAUCGAGCUCCUACUCGACCGACGAGGAGCCGAUAUCCAAAUCACCGACGAGGUGAUCCUUGCCACCGCGAAUAAUAGGGACACCGGAGCGGCUGUGAUGAAGCUCCUACUCGACCGACGCGGAUCCGAUGUCCAAAUUACUGAUAAGGUAGUCUCCGCCGCCGCGGGAAAUCGGAGUAGUGGAGAGGCUAUGACGAAGCUCCUACUCGAUCGACGCGGAUCCGAUAUCCGAAUCACCGAUCAGGUGGUUCUCGCCGCUGCGGAGAAUCGGAGAAGUGGAGAGGCUGUGAUGAAGCUCUUACUCGAUCGACGAGGAGCCGAUAUCGAAAUCACCGGCGAGAUGGUCCUCGCGGCCGCGAAUAAUGAGGGAAAUGGAGGGGCUGUGAUGAAGCUCCUACUCGACCGACUCGGAGCCGAUAGCCAAAUUACCGAUAAGGUGGUCUCCGCAGCCGCGGGAAAUCGGAGCAGUGGAGAGGCUGUAGAUCGUCUCUAG